GUCAUAGCACAAACGUCACCAAAGUUUGUGCUCGUACUUUCAAAAUCGGCUUUCGUGGCUACAUUUAAAAAUAUAAAACUAUAUUAAAUAUAAGUUUUCUUUGUUAUGCGGUAAAAUUAAAAUUUUCGAAAAUGAGAAUUACUAACAUAAGACGUGGAAGAAUUUAUCGUGUGGGUGGCUUGUGCGCAAUUUUAGUAAUGGUAUUGUAUGCACUUCAAAAUUACGUUCGAACGAACGUUUCAAGUGAUACUAAUGAGAUAUUGGAUAUAAAUUCAGCUGCUGAGUUUUAUAAAUCUCACAAGGACGUAUACCCCACUUUAAAAACGGAGCUAGGAAAUUUUGAGCCUAAAAUAAAGAAGAAUGUGAAAGGGCCUGGUGAGGGUGGAGAGCCCUAUCACAUGUCUCAGGACAGGGCAAAUGACAUUGCCGAGUCUGAAAGUGACUAUGGGAUGAAUAUUGCUGCUUCGGAUGAUAUAGCAAUGAACCGAACUGUUCCUGAUACAAGAUUGGAUGAGUGUAAAUAUUGGCAUUAUCCUGAAGAAUUGCCAUCAACCUCAGUCAUUAUAGUGUUCCAUAAUGAAGGCUUCUCUGUUCUUAUGAGAACAGUUCACUCAGUAAUAGACCGGUCUCCACCAAAUAUUCUUCAUGAAAUUGUUUUGGUUGAUGAUUUCUCUGACAAAGACAAUUUAAAAACUAACCUGGAGGUCUACAUCAAACGUUGGAAUGGUAAAGUGCGUUUGAUUAGAAAUUCUCAAAGGGAGGGGCUGAUUAGAACUAGAUCUAGAGGUGCACAAGAAGCCACAGGUGAUGUCAUCGUAUUCCUGGAUGCACAUUGCGAAGUUAAUGUCAACUGGCUACCACCAUUACUAGCACCUAUAUACAGAGACUAUAGAAUUAUGACCGUACCUGUCAUAGAUGGAGUAGACCAUAGGACCUUUGAAUAUAGACCUGUCUAUCAACACGGCACAAAUUACAGAGGAAUAUUUGAGUGGGGAAUGUUGUAUAAAGAAAAUGAAGUGCCAGACAGAGAAGCUAGUCUUCACAAACAUAAGUCUGAACCAUACAAAAGUCCGACUCACGCCGGCGGUCUAUUCGCUAUUAACAGAAGAUAUUUCCUCGAAAUUGGUGCAUAUGAUCCAGGAUUGCUGGUGUGGGGAGGAGAGAAUUUCGAAUUGAGUUUUAAAAUAUGGCAGUGCGGAGGAAGCAUCGAAUGGGUACCGUGCUCGAGGGUGGGGCACGUGUAUCGGGCGUUCAUGCCUUACUCCUUCGGGAACUUAGCAAAGAACCGGAAAGGAUCGCUAAUCACAAUAAACUAUAAAAGAGUCAUAGAAACCUGGUUUGAUGAGGAACAUAAAGAAUACUUCUACACGAGAGAGCCCAUGGCCAGGUUUUUGGAUAUGGGUGACAUCACUGACCAAAUUGCUUUAAGAGAUAAGUUGAAGUGCAAAAGUUUUAGCUGGUUUAUGAAGAAUGUGGCCUAUGACGUGUACGACAAGUUCCCAAAGCUGCCAAAGAAUACACAUUGGGGAAUGGUCAAAAACAAGGCGACUGGUGUUUGUUUGGAUACUAUGGGGAAGGCGGCUCCUGCUUAUAUAGGUACAUCAUCUUGCCACGGCGCUGGCAAUAACCAAUUAUUCAGGUUGAAUGAAGCCGGUCAAUUGGGUGUAGGGGAGAGGUGUGUGGAAGCGGACUCGGACAGCGUCAAACAGGCCAUCUGCAGACUCGGCACCGUCGACGGGCCGUGGAGAUACAACGAAGAACACAAGCAAAUAGUGCAUCGCCUGCAUGGCCACUGCCUGACCCUGCAGCCGCACUCGCGGACUCUGGGGCUGGCUCCUUGCGACAAUAACAAUACCUACCAGCAAUGGACCAUCUCUCACAAGAAACCCAACUGGUGACGGCGGACGUAGUGUUUGACGUGAGAUGGCUUUAGUCGGCCGUCGUAAAUGCGAAAGUCAAUUUCAGUGGGGAUGCGUCCGAUCGCGGUAUACUCGAAAACUGCUGUACGGACUUUUAUGCGAUUUUCACGAGGAUUAUUAGCCGGGAUCCGUGCGAAGCCUGGACGGGUCGCUAGUGUAAACUAACGAUGCGAGUUAAAGUUUUAUAAGACGAAAAUCGUUGCCAUUUGCUACAUUAUAUACAGUAUAAUUGUUUACUGCCAUUAAAAUUAAAUCAUAAUAAAAUAAUGUACAUAAAAUUUUACACCAUCCAAUAAGGAGAAAAUACUCUCGCAUUUACGACAUAAGUUAGGAAUAUCAUUAGAUGUGUUCGUUAUUUUACUUUUUAUUAGUAAAAAUAAGUAUAGAAGAAAGCCCUUCAUGGAGGAUAAAACCUGAUGAGAAUUAAAUUGUUUAAUAAAUGACAUUAUAUUGUUAUCUAUUUAUAAUUUAUAUGACCUUUCAAAUUAUAUCUACCAUCGUAUCUCUGAAUAAGUAGUAAAACUAUGAUUUAUUUUAGAUAUAGCGAAUUAAAAUUUAUUCGGUCAAAAGUUGAAAUAUGACGAUUCCACGUAGAUCUAUUUAUGUACUUAAUCAUUCCUGCCAUUUUAUAGCAGUAUUACUAUAAGUAUUGGGGUCAUUCACCAAUGCUUCCCUUAGAGGUUGUUUACCUAUCAAUUAAUCAUUGGAGAAUAUUGUUUAGUCGAGAUACUAUGGAACAUGUUACUAUUUGGUUAAUUUAAAUUCCAAUAUCAUCCCCUUUUCCAAAUGACUGUUAAGAUUUGUAUAGAAUAUGAAUAUUUCAUCCAUUGUGCUGAGAUUGCUAUUUGGAAUUACAGAAGAUAGAUGAUUGUAUGUAAAAUGAUAUUGCUAUAAGACUAGUUGGCUUGUAAAUUUUUUAUUUUAAAUCUCUUCAGAAUAUUUUCAGUAGAACUUGUAAUAUUGUACUGUCAGUCACAUGACCCCAAUCUCUUUUCUGACAUCUACUACUUUAAGAUGUUUAUAUGGUAAUUAGCCUGUUUGGCAGGCAAAAACUUUUUUAAUAUUAAAUAUUAUGUAAAUGUCAAGUAUUUACAUAUCUUAUACCUAACGAAAAUACUCUUUCCAGCUUUUCAAUUAAAUUUGUCACAAAUUACUCAAAAGUUAUAUCUAGAUUUACCAAAUUAUUAUAUAAAAUAUAUUUCAAUAAAAACUUUCAUAUUUAAGUAAUACAAUCCUUUUUAUUUCUGACAUCCAAUACCUUGAUGUUCUCACUUUUAUGUACUUUAGAUAAUAUCAAAAAAUUGGAUGUAGGCACUGUGAUGUUAUUUGAAUUUUAUGUAUUUUCUAUUACAGCAGAAAUAAACUCUUAUACAUUGUUAAA